GCUAAUAUGAUUACAUAAAUCUUUAAUGUGAGUAAAAUAUUUCUUGUACGAAGAGAAACUACGUAAAUAAUUUCCAGUUUCCACACAUAAGACAUUAUUAUUUGUGCGAAGAGAAACUUCGUAAAGAGAGGAUGUUGAGUGAUCUCCAAUUGACGUCCAAUUGCAAAACAAAGAAAAAAAAAAAAGACAAAGUAAUGAAGUGCUAGCUUGAAAUUCCAGAAUGGAAUGGGUCCCCCAAGUCUUCAAUUCAAUAACCUAUCAAUUAUCUGUCACAAUUUAAGAUCUCCCAAUGCAAAUUGCAAUAUGCUUUAAUAAGAUAUUCAGUCUAUCCAACAACUCCAAUUCUAUACAUACAUAAAAAAAAAAAAAAACAAAUUUGCUCAAAAAGUUGGACCCUUUUUCCUACCUACCUGUCUGCAACAAAUGUCUUCAAUAUCAUUGCCUCCAACUUCAUCAUCAUGUCCUUCCUCAGAACCACAGAUUUGCAGAGAAUCUUUCAAGAGCUGGACAAAAAUGGUGAUGGGUUCAUAAGUGUUGAUCAGCUCCAGUGCCUUCUUGACAAAAUUGGUCAUUCUCAUGAUCAAACAAAAAGUGCUGAUGAACUCCAGAAAUUAUUUGGAGGGAAGCCACUUCUGGAUUCCAUUGAUUUUUACUUCUUCUAUAAAUAUGUGAUCCUCAACAAUGUCGUAGAAAAUGAAGGAUCCAAAUUGGAUGGUGAUGAAGGUGAUGAUGAUCUCAUGAAAGCUUUCAAGGUGUUUGAUUUGAAUGGUGAUGGAUUCAUAUCUUGUGAAGAAUUACAAAGUGUUUUGUUGAGGUUAGGCUUAUGGGAUCAGAAUAAUGGCCAAGAUUGUCAGAUCAUGAUUAACAUGUAUGACAAGAAUUCAGACGGUAUGCUUGAUUUUGAAGAAUUCAAGUUCAUGAUGUUGUUAUCAAAAUUUUAAUUAGCUAGGUUUCUCAGUUUUACUAUUUUAUUUUCAUAUAUCUUUGGGACAAAAUUAUUAUUAUGUAGAGCUAGGUGAUAAUUCCUAUUUUUUGUUUUUGUUUUUGUUUUUUUUUUUUUGGUAGUUGAAAUGUUUCACUUUCAUUUCAAUGUUGUUGUCAAUUAGUGCUUUUAUUCUUUUUGUUGGAGGGGUUCGAUAAAUUCAAUGUAUAAUUGCUAGUACAUAUAAAUACAAUUUCUUAAUAAUAAUUGCAUGAUCCUUCUA